GCUCCAAAAUCCCAGCAUUCGCAUCGUGCCGGUGUCAAGAUGGCGGCCCCCAUGUUCCGGUGCUUUUCCCGGGGCAGGUGGUUUGGGAGCCCAGGCACGUCAGGAGUCUUGUUCCUGGGACUGCGUGAGGCCCAUUCGGGCGCUCAGGGGCUGCUGGCGGUGCAAAAGGCUCGAGGUCUGUUCAAGGAGUUCUUCCCCGAGAGGGGUACGAAGAUAGAGCUCCCAGAGCUUUUCGACCGAGGAACGGGCAACUUUCCCCAGACCAUCUACUGCGGUUUCGACCCCACGGCCGACUCGCUUCAUGUGGGGCACCUGCUAGCUCUUCUGGGCCUGUUUCACUUCCAGCGAGCAGGCCACAACGUGAUUGCGCUGGUGGGAGGUGCCACCGCGCGCCUGGGAGAUCCGAGCGGCCGCACCAAGGAGCGCGAGGCCCUGGGCGCAGAACGCGUGCGAAGCAAUGCGCGCGCCCUGCGCCAAGGCCUCCUGGCCAUGGGUGCUAAUCACCAGCAGCUCUUCGCGGAUGGGCGGCCUUGGGGAAGCUUCACGGUACUGGAUAAUUCAGCCUGGUACCAGAAGCAGCACCUGGUGGACUUCCUAUCCGCCGUAGGCGGCCACUUCCGCAUGGGGACGCUCCUGAGCCGGUUGAGCGUCCAGACCCGACUCAAGAGUCCCGAGGGCAUGAGCUUGGCCGAGUUUUUUUACCAGGUGCUCCAGGCUUAUGAUUUCUACUAUCUGUUCCAACAUUAUGGAUGCCGGGUCCAGCUGGGUGGAUCUGAUCAGUUGGGCAAUAUCAUGUCCGGAUACGAGUUUAUCCACAAGUUGACUGGAGAAGACGUGUUUGGAAUCACUGUUCCUCUAAUUACAAGUACAACAGGAGCAAAAUUGGGAAAGUCUGCUGGUAAUGCUGUGUGGCUAAACAGAGAUAAGACCUCUCCAUUUGAAUUUUAUCAAUUCUUUGUCAGGCAGCAGGAUGAUUUGGUAGAAAGGUACCUGAAGCUCUUCACUUUUCUGCCCCUUCCAGAGAUUGACCACAUAAUGCAGCUGCAUGAGAAAGAGCCAGAAAAGCGGGGUCCUCAAAAACGACUUGCUGCAGAAGUUACAAAGCUUGUUCAUGGACAAGAAGGGCUGGCUUCUGCUAAAAGGUGUACUCAAGCCCUUUACCAUAGUAGCAUAGACGCACUGGAGGUCAUGUCUGACCAAGAGCUAAAAGAGCUGUUUAAAGAAGCUUCGUUUUCUGAACUAGUUCUUGACCCAGGAACAAGUGUCCUAGAUACAUGCCGCAAAGCAAAUGCCAUUCCAGAUGGUCCCCGAGGGUAUCGGAUGAUAACAGAAGGUGGAGUCAGUAUAAAUCACAGACAAGUAACAAAUCCUGAGAGUGUUUUAGUCGUUGGACAACAUAUUCUUAAGAAUGGACUUUCAUUACUUAAAAUAGGAAAAAGGAAUUUCUACAUUAUAAAAUGGCUUCAGCUAUGAUGAAAAAUCCUUCUGGUGGUUCAGACGUAUCCAUCUCAUUCUCAAGAUGUACCAAAGGUUGGCUCCAGAACUUAUACUUUCGUUCACACAAGCCAAACAACAGAGAAUGGAGUAUACUUUAGGCCUCAGAGUGUGAGUAAUUUCAUUAUUUAUAUAGGUUGAUUAAUGUGUAAUGAUGGGGUAUUUUGUUUCCUGAUCUGCAGGUGUUAAGGACUAUCAUAGAAAACCAUAAUUGCCGAAGAUAAUCUCUUUUAAAAAUCCUAUUUCUUGAAAUAACUAUUGUAUCCUUCUUGCGCUCUUUUUAGAGAUGAGGAAGAACAGUGAAAAAGAGGGCAGAAUAAGGACUCUUGGAUACUUUUAUAUCCAAGUGUCUAUCUUCCUGACCUUUAUAACACCAGCAGCAUCCACAGUGGUCACAUUAGAGAUGUGAAAUACGGUAUUGGAAACUGUAGAUUUCUGAAUUUUUUGCCAUUUAGGAAGCAAAUACAGUUCUCCUUAAGAAAAGUAUUACACAAAGCCCUAGUUGGGAGUAGAAAUUACAGUAGAAAGUUUCUUUUCAAAGAACAAAAACCAGUACUUUUGAGAAAGUUUCCAGUUCAGUUUUCCAGUCUCUUACCUGUGUUUCAGUAUAAAUUUACUCACAGCCUUGUUUUGCCAGAUUACUAAGGUAGCAAUAUUUUAUAAAUUUGGAAACUUAAGUUUCAGCUUCUGUCCCCAAGCAGAUUACAACUUGAGAUAAACUGAAAAGUAACUAGAGAGAAAAUAGCGGCAAAUAUAGUAUCAAAUACCCCAUCAUAUGAGAAUAUCAAAGUAAUUCUUCUGCUAAGGGAAGUCUUCAGGUCACACUUAAAGGAUUUAGAACAAGACCUAGUUAAGCUGUACAUACAUUAGGCAAGGCAAUUCUCAGAACUGUUUCUACAUGUGAAAAAUCAAGGUAGUUAUCAUCCCUAUUUCCCUGAAGACCAAGUGAAACGUAAAUACAAAUGGUUCACAAUCCGGUUCCUUCUUGAAAACCUUACAGGCAGCAAAGCAUGGCUUUAGUGUUCAAAUUCUAGCCAUUUACUACCUGGGAUACUUGAAACAAAUCACUAGCCUGAUAUGUAAAAAUGGAGAUGUAAUCGUAGCUUUGUGAAUUGUGAGAUUGCAUAGGAAAAAAGUUAUAAAACUUUUCAUAUAGCAUAAGCUGUCUUAUGUUCCAAUUAGAUUUAUAUGUUAAAAAGCUAGUAGAUCUAAAUUUUUCCCUGGGAGCAAAGUUAGGAAGAAUUGACUUAUUGACAAAACUUGAAUGUCAUUUCGUACCAGCAAUUUUAUUUACAUAGCAAGAACAUACAGGCGUCCGUGGUAAAUGUCAGAGAUCAUCGCCACAUUUCAGAGCUUCACUCAGUUUGAGCCAAUAAAUGAAGGGUUUCUGAAACUUGACAUACCUUUCUUGCCUCUGCUUUUCUUGUACAAGGUGUGUAGUGCCAGCAAGUACAUUACCAUCACCUCAGUUUUAAAGGUAACGUUUUCAAUUUGAAAUUAUGUUUGAUAUGCUGGGGAAUGGUACACUGUAAGUUUCUCCCCCCUUACAAACUCAAGACUGGGAUGGUAGUCAUCUGAUGUAUCUGAAGUGAGUAAAUCAGGGAUGGCUGUACUGAUAUUGAAUAAUGGCAGAGUGAUUUUAAAGUGUGUGCUAAUGAACAUUUAGGUAGUAUGUAUUCUAUCAAGAAGGUACUAUGAACAGAUUCAAAGUAGUACCAUUAAGAUUGAAUCUGGUUUUUUAUGUUUGAGAUCAGUUGCUGAGCCCGUUGUUUGCUAGUACGUGAGUACCAUAAGCUCACGUUACCAACACGUUGUUCCUGCCAGUAGUCCUUCAUAACUGUUGUAACAGAAAUGUUAACAUGUUCAGUAAAUUCUGUAUUGCUGAUAUGAUCUUUUAGAGAUGGAGCUAGAUGCCUUAAGGAUUUUGACCCAUAUCUUAAAAUUUAUUAUGUAAUUCAUACCAAGAAUCACCUGGGGAAUUUUAAUAAAAUGUGAGUAUGUUCUAAACCUCA